AUGCCCGAUUGGCAUCUAUUGUCCAGUAUAACAGAUAUAAUUUUCGAAAAAUGGGGAAUUCCGGAAAAAGACUUGUUUGCAACAGAUCAAUCAGCGGUAGUGCCCACUUAUAUGUCACUAAGCCCAAAGGACAGCAAAGCUGUGUUCCACAAUGCGUUCAGUCAGAUCUGGAGAUACCACCUGGGAUGGGUCUCCUCCUCCAACUCUAAUUCCAAGAGUUCUGCAGCACCUGAACCAUGCCACAGGAACGUACCUACUAGUAGCACCAAGAUGGAAAAAAGUGUAUUGGCGUGGCGAUCUCAGGAACAGAACAAAGGAUCAACCAUUCAUGAUAAAGAAUCUUGGAGAUCACUUGAUAGACUUGACGACCAACAAGCCUCCUCCAGACAUCAGAAACCUGUCUUUAGAGGUCUGGAAAAUUGCGGGUGGGAUCCACUUUUAAUAGAUUGGAACGAAGAAGUCCUGCCGUUGAUACGAUUAGCAUGGUGCGACUCUACAAUGAAAACAUACGAAACAGCCUGGAAUUCUUGGCUUACAUGGUGUAAAAUGAAUGAUAUAAAUACAACAGUUCCUACACUACAACAAGUUGCAUUGUAUCUUAGUUACCUAUGUGUACAUAAAAAGUUUGCGUAUAGAACUAUUCUAGUCCACAAGUCCGUGGUAGCUACCUUUUCAAAUCCUGAAUUGGGAGAAAGGAUUAGUUCACAUCCGAUUGUGAAAUCUAUUUUAAAAGCUGUGAGCCUUAAAGGUAGCUCAGCGUUAAAACGUAAGAGCGAAGUUUGGAAUGUAGAAACGUUGUUAUCGUGUAUGAAGAAAAAUCUUCCUGAUAGAAAUAGUAUUUUUCAAACCUCGAUGUAUACUGCAUUACUUUUAUUGCUUGCAUCCGGACGAAGGAUUCAUGACUUUACCUUACUUUCUACAGGAAAUGAGUUCAUGGAGAUAGAUUCAAAUUAUGUGAUUUUUUAG